AGGGUGGUAGAAGGAACGCUGCUUCGAGGCUGGUCAGGCGCCGUGACUGAACUCUUGGUUCCAUCCACAACACACGCUGUCCUGCACCCACACCCUCACUGUCUUGCUCCCACCUCUGAUGCUACAAGAUAUUCCAACAUGCUCUCAAGCUUUAAGAAUAACACAGAGAGCUUACACGCUGCAUAAUUCCCUUCCCCUUAGAAAUUGAUGAAACGAUAGUUUGCAUCGCUUACUUAGGCUGUUUAAACUUCAACCUUGUUUCUCUCUUGAUAAAAAUGAUCAGAAACUGAUAAGUACAAAAAUAAAAAUAAUACAUUUAAAACAAGCUAGAAUUUUGCCCUUUUCGUCGAAAAGAAAAAAGCCACUCAAGGAAAGUGCAACUCGUAAAGGGGCACAAACAAGAGAUCUAAACUUAGACAGCGACGUGAGGGUAGUAGGGGUUGGUGUAAACACGUGACGGACAAGAACAGUCAACCACCAGCUGGCUCACUGGUGGCCUCAGGUGGGUCACGCCGCCACCUGACAUCUCCCCGAAUUUUACCAACCUGAAAAUUUUCUCUGUAGUGAUGAACCUGAGAAGACGAGUUUAAAGUGAGGCAUGUUUCUAAACCACAUAUUGUGUAGUAAAAACUGAUUAGUGAAUGUUUUUGAAAAGACGUGAAGGCGAAUUAUCAAGAGACGUAAGGUACUAGAAAAAAUUACAUGAGAAGUAUCAAGGGCGAGUCAGUGUGUGGAGUAACUCAGAAGACCAGAGUGACGCUACUCAACAAGUCCUCAGAGCUGACAGUGAAUAGGACUCAAAGGUUUUAAAACUGUUGUGAGGUGAUGGUGGAGGAUACCAAGACAGACACUCGAUAAACUUUUACAAGGGGGGAAAUGAAUAGCAAAUGUUUUUUAAUAAAAUUACGAUGAAUUUGUGAGAAAAACUGAACAUUUUAUACAAACUUACUGUGUGUAGUAAACUAAGGGAAGAAAUUUGUUGAUAUAGUGAACUGGUAUUUAUGUUACUUGAAGACGGAACAUCACUAACUGUUAUUUCGGGACAGGUCAAAGAAGACAACACCUACGGAGGAAAUUAGUCUUUAUACCGUAACCAUUCUCUGAGGGUGAUUACGAACUUACGAACUUUGAAAUAAAAUGACAGUUUAAACAGAAAAUCGUGAGCUUGGUUGUACAGAGAGACGUGUGUGUGUGUGUGUGUGAUCUUCACCAGCACCACCAUGAACGUGUGGGCGCUGGUGGUGGUGGCGGCUCUGGCAGUCACCAACACCUCCGCCAUUCCCCACCACCAACACAUUCCCAACAAACAACAAGCGGAAUAUGUAUCGACGCUGAGGUCCUACGAGGUGGUCACCCCCAGGAGAGUUAACACCGACGGUACCUUCCUCACCCACCGCCUCCUCCAUCACCACGACACUCCCGCCCUUAGAUCUAAACGACACGUCGCCUCUGUAGAUCCUCACCACGACCUCAACCUCCACUACAUGAUAUCCUUAGAUGGGAAGGAUCACCAGGUGACCCUCAGCCCCAACAGGAGGUUCUUGGCGCCCCAUGCAGUAGUAGAGCGGCGUCGUGGGGGCGCUCUACUCAACGGCAGUUCCCACGCCCAGGUCAUAGGUCACCUGCCCUCCUGUCACUAUCACGGCUACGUCAGGAAUCACACCGCCUCCCGCGUCGCCCUCUCCGCCUGCCAUGGUCUGACGGGAUUCGUUCGCACCGACCACGAUGAGUUCCUGAUAGAGCCAGUACGUGACCACGCCCCCACCACCCACGACGACCCACACCCUCAUGUGGUAUACAGACGUUCAGCCCUGCCCACACCCGACGCCCAUACCUGCUCGACACCUGAUGCCUAUGAGAAGGCCAUACACGCCAGAGCUGAGUGGGAGGAUGGCCAUGGUGAGGAGGAGGAGGAAGGAAGGAAGAGGAGGAGGAGGAGGAGGAGGAGGAAGAGGAGCGUCAGUGUGCAGAGGAAUGUGGAGGUGACGGUGGUAGCUGACAAGAAGAUGGUGGAUUUCUACUCCAAUGAGGAUAUUAAUACCUAUAUCCUCACUGUUAUGAAUAUGGUGUCGAGUGUCUACCAUGAUGCUAGUAUUGGUAACGCUGUCAACAUCUAUGUGGUGAGGAUUAUGUUGUUGGAGGAUCCACAGUAUGAGGAGGAGCUUGAUAUCAGCCACAACGCUGACGAAACCCUCAGGAGCUUCUGUAACUGGCAGCAGAUGAUCAACCCAGGCAACGAGACCCACCCUUAUCAUCACGAUGUGGCUGUCCUUAUCACCAGGUACAAUAUCUGUAGUCGGGUUACAGACAGGUGCGCCACGCUGGGAGUCUCUGAGAUCGCUGGUAUGUGUCACCCCUUGAGGUCCUGUAAUGUGAACGAAGAUACUGGAUUGCAGAUCGCCUAUACCAUCGCUCAUGAACUGGGACACAACUUCGGCAUGAACCACGACGGGUCGCAGAACGGGUGUGAGAGUCAGUACGGUGCGACACAACACGUCAUGUCGCCCCACCUGACCAACGACGUGAUUCACAUGACCUGGUCCAAUUGCAGCAGGGAGGAGAUCACCCACUUCCUCGACCGGGACUGGGGGUCGUGCCUGGAAGACGAGCCGCCCUUGGUAGAGUACACCUUUCCUGAGCUACCGCCGGGGGCCAUGUACGACGCUGACCACCAGUGUCGUCUGAGCUUCGGCGCCGACGCCACCCACUGUGCGGGUAUAGAGGGUGUGGAGCGGGUGUGCCAGACGCUGUGGUGCCACCUGGAUGAUCGGUGUAUCACAAGGAUGGAGCCAGCCGCUGAGGGCACCCAGUGUGGCAAGUACAAGUGGUGUGCGUCUGGUAACUGCGUGACGAUGGGUGAGCGGCCAGCUGCCAUCCACGGCAACUGGGGGAUGUGGUCGCCGUGGUCCUCCUGCAGCAGGACCUGUGGUGCUGGCGUCGCUUUCGCCCAGAGACACUGUGACAACCCCGCCCCAGCUAAUGGUGGCAGGUACUGUACCGGCGACAGGAAGAGGUACCGCAUCUGUAACACUCAGGAGUGUCCUGAGAACGGCGUGAGCUUCCGGGCCAUACAGUGCUCAGAGUACAACAACGAGCCGUACAAGGGCGAGAACCACACCUGGCUGCCCGUCAUGUUCGACCAUUCACCUUGUCAACUGGACUGUAAACCUGACAACGAGUUCUACAGUGUGAAGCUCCGCGAUAUUGUGGAGGAUGGCACACCUUGCAAGCCAGGCACCAGUGACUUGUGUAUCCACGGCGCAUGCAAGAGAGUAGCAUGUGACUGGACGAUCGAGGGGGCGGCACAGGAGGACCGAUGUGGAGUAUGUCAUGGUGACGGUACUCAGUGUGUGACCACCAGGGGCGUCUUCAACCUCACCCGCAGCUCUGGGUAUGUCCCCGCCAUCACCAUCCCCCGUCACGCCCGUAACGUCAAAGUACUGGAGCUACACGACGCUGCCAACUACCUCGCCGUCAGAGACAACACCACCGGCAAGUACUUCCUCAAUGGCAACUGGAUCAUCCACUGGUCGGGUGAGUACAGCGCUGAUGGUACCAUGAUGUACUACAGCCGUGAGGGAGAGACAGAGGAACUUUACCUGCCAGGCCCCAUCAAGCAUCCCCUCACACUCAUGUUGUUGUUCCAGACAGAGAACCCCGGCCUCACCUGGGAGUACACAUUACCUCACCAGAACGCCACCUACACCCCGAGCUUUGAAUGGUACCACGCUGACUGGCCCAUCUGCAGUGUUACCUGUGGCGGCGGCACCCAGGUCUCCAAGGCGCAGUGUAUGGAGAAGGAGGCCGGGCUGGUGGAAGAAAAGUACUGCAGCGACCAGCCCCGGCCAGAUGACCUCCGCCGUCCCUGUAACAACCAUGCCUGUCCUGCCUGGUGGUGGUCGGGGCCCUGGCAGCCUUGCGCCAUUACCUGCGGCAGCGGUGGCAUCAGGAGGCGUACUGUCAUCUGUGUGCGCUCUUUUGGCCCCACCGAACAGAUGGCGCUGCUGGACUCUGCCUGCGACGACACCGAGAAGCCCCACGAGACGGAGGUGUGCCCUACGAUGCCCCGCUGCCCGGAACUUAUGGAUUGGAGUGUAGGAGCGUGGAACGAGGGAUGUACUCUGGACCCUUGUGAGUACGAGGUAAGGAAGGUGAUGUGUGUGGCCCCACAUGGUAACUGCGACCCCCUCACACGCCCCUCUGACAGACGCCUGUGUGGUAACAUCACUUGUGGUGUUUGGGAGGUGGGCAGCUGGUCCAAGUGCACGGCGCCGUGUGGUGAGGGAGUCCAGUUCCGGCAAGUGUCGUGUGAGGGCGGCCUGGCCUGCCGGGAGAGGGAUGAACCUAGGAGUGUGCAGGAGUGUGUUGGCAGCUGUCUAGAGGAGGAAACUGUUCUAGAGUUAGACGAUGUACUUCUAGAUGAAUCGUCAACCACUAGUACUACUGCAGCCACCCUCACCACGCCAGGAGUCGUAUACGCUGCUACUUCCACGAACACUCCGCCCACGACCGUCACACCGCCCACCUCCACAGUCCUCGCUACCACUGACCCAGCUACUUCCGGUCCACCACUUUCUGAACCAACUACAGCAUCGACUACUGCUGGUGUGCCAACCAAAACUCCCACGACUGAAACUAUCACUGAACCACCUACAUCACAGUCUUCUACGAUGAACGAAACUGAAGUAGAGUCUAAACCUACAUCUACUGUUCCUUCAGUGAUCUCACCUACAUCACCACUGACUACAACAGUCCCCCCAACAACUACUGAAACACACACUACCAACGCACCUGACGUAGACGUAGAAACUAAUGAGGCGAUCACAGAACUUCAGCCACACACAACAAAACCAACCCCAACGACAUCACAACCUCGUACGACAACGACCGAGAAUAUUCCUCUGCCCAAGAACGAGUCCACGCCUGAAGACGGAGAGGUUGAACAGGAUGCUGAGGAGAACAGGAAAGAAAAUUUAAAGAACGAAGAAGACCAAGAGAAGAUAAACACAAAUAAAACAGAAAUCACGACAACAGAGAACCUUCCUUCUAAGACUUACGAAGAAGACGUUGGCGGGCAAAAGAAGGAUGCCACAGCAAUAGAUGAAGAAUCCUUACCAGAAAAUACCAAGACUAAGGAUAAGACGAAAGACAACACAGAAGAGAGUCACCCAGAAAUUGAUCAUGACAACAUUGACGUGUUUUAUUCUCUAAAUGAAAUUGACGUUGAUUCUAAGCCAUUCAUAUUAAACAAGGAACAGCUCAGUGACGACGGAAAUUCACCAAACGAAGGUGUAGUGGAGGCAGGGCCACCCGAGUCAGAGUACCAGCCGUCCACUGACCUUCCAGUCUUAUCCACCACCACCACCACCACCACACAGCCAACAACUGCAGCUGAGGAUACUGUUGCAAGUGACGAACCAUCUGUUACUGAGGAACCUACUGAGAUGGAUACACACUCAGAGAUGGCACCACCUAUAGAGAUGGAGCCACCUACUGACAGAGUGUCACAUACAGAGAUAGAGCAACACACAGAGAUGGAGCUAUCUACUGAGACGGAGCCACAUACAGAUACAGAGCCACCUACAGAGAUGGAGCCACCUACAGAGAUGGAGCCACCUACAGAGACAGCGUCACAUACAGAGUUGGAAGUACCAUAUGAAAGCCAGAACUCUAUCAAGGAAGAGGAGGAACAACGGCCGGAAGGAAUCGUAGUAGACAAGAUCGACGUGGAGGACGUGGAGGUGAUCGAAAUCAUUGAGCUGCCUCCUAAGGGCAAGAGGAAAAAGAACAGGAAGAAGGUCCUCCUACACACCGGGGCUGAGGCUGUAGACGUCCUGCAUGACCUGGCGGAGGAGCAGGCAGCCAAGAAGGCCUCCAUGACUCCUUCCUCAGACGCCACCCUGGACUAUAUCCUGCCAGAGUACAAGUGGAAUGUCAGCCACUGGUCGGAGUGCAACGCGGAGUGUGGUGGAGGUGUUCAGAGGCGCUCUACCAUGUGUGUGGAUGUGACCUUGGAAACCGUGGUUGACCUUCACCUCUGUCCCUAUCCAGCGCCGGACAAGAUGCAGACUUGUAACUCGAUGAAGUGUGGGGAGUGGGUGGUGGGGGACUGGGGCGAGUGUUCCUCGUCGUGUGACCUCGGGGAGCGGGUGCGACCAGUCCAGUGUCCUGAGGGCGAGCGCUGCCCCUCCGCCACACGACCCCCCGAGGAGGAGCCUUGUGACCAGGAGCCUUGCGUCCAGUGGGUUGAGGGACCCUGGAGCCUCUGUACAAAGUCGUGUGGAGGCGGGUACCAGAUCCGACACGUGAAGUGUGUUGAUAUACGGACGCAGAAGGCGGCGAAGACCUGCCCGAGGGAGGCCAAACCCAAGCACAAGAUGGCCUGCAGCAAUGAACGCUGCCCUAAGAAUAGGAGAGGUCAGCAGCGGCGGUGCAGAGAUCGACUGGACACGAAACUGUGUAAACGCCUGAAGCACAUGUGCAGCACUAAGUUCUUCAAGGUCAAGUGCUGCAGGACCUGCCUCAGGUUCGCUGCUUGAGGCAACCCGACCGCCAAUCUUAUGUGACCUCCCGCCACCACCUCCAGUGACUUCAUUACAACCACCUUAUUAUUCUUCUUGAGGUCUCCAUUCUCCCACCUCCAUGACUCACUCCCCUACAAGAGAUGUCUGUCAUGAAGAUUGCGACAUGUUUAACUUUCAGGACCCACCAGGAUUCCAUGUAGUGAUCCUUACUGGCACUGAUGAUAUCCGGUCGACUUUGUGGCUGAUGGUUGACCCCUACUAGAGUUGUGGCCAAUGGUUAACUCAAGAGCCCUCAGUGGACUCUCAGGGCCCAUAGAGACGCCACAGUGAGUGUGAAGACAAACGAACAAUGGGGGUCGUGCAGGGUGUCAACAGUCCAGUGUUAUCCACAGUAGAGAACUCUGUGUUGAACAUUAUAGUUUGCACCUUGAUAACGUCAGAGCAGGCAGAAGGCUGGUGAAUGGUCAUUCCCUAGCAUCGUGUCACUAUAGACCUAAGUGUUGCCUGAAGCAAAGAUAGCGCCAAAAGGUGGCAUUAAAUGACGUCAUGCAUAUCCGGUGACAAUAUUCGUAUGAACAAGACAAAACUAUGAACUUCAAGUGCUCCCACAUAUUUUAAAAUGAAUCACACUACAUUUAGCUAGUAAUACCCGAACUCUUACUGGGAUGUUCAUUAUUCUAGGUAAGAAUAAUGGGUGCAGAUAAUGGCAGUAGUCCCAGAUGAGUAACAGUUACUGGGUGUCCUUAAACCAUUUUAUGGGUGAGUGACUUAACACGUCGAGUCACCCCAAGAGAAGCUCUCCCAGCAGGCAAGGUGAUGACAGGAGCCGACUGGUGUGGUGGUGUAGCUGUCACACGAACCAAAGUAAAUCCACUCAUCCAGAGACGCAACACAAACGUCUCCUGCGACCACUAUCACCGUCCAUCCACACUGUAAGGUCAUCUGCUGUCUGUAUAAGGUACCAGUGGUAUCCUUCUCCACGACACUGAAGACGUUACAACAACAGGUCCUGCCGCCACUGUCUCCCCUCCAAGGCGAGAGUGGCUUCAUCACUACCUAUUGUGAGUCAUAACAUGAAUAGCUCCUGUCAGCUUUACCUUCUGGACAUGAGACCAGCUGCUCACUGCCUGUCUGUAUGUUUUGGAAUACAAACACUUCCUCUUUUAUUACCGGUGAUGAGUUACGGUGGUUAACACUUGAGGAGCUGCAGGUGUCACAAGGUCAGCAGUGUGUGUGUAUGCCUCCUCAGCGCCAACAAUCGCUUCCCAGAAAUAAAAACAAACACUAUGUCACCAGAGGUAUUGUUUGUGAAGCUUAAUAGUGUUGUCCUGAAGAUUCUCGUCUGUUGUGUCUGGGCCAUCACGAGGAGCGAGGGGACGUGUCCAAUUACCAAGUGAUAAAGGUGUAGCUCCUCAACAUGAUGGAGAUGGUGGUCACUAAUACUCGCUGGCGUAGCACUUAGGUCUACGUAAUACUCUAGACAAUAAGGAGUGUAUUAUCUGAUUGUACAGCAACUCGUGUAAAUAAUAUGUUCCCUGUAUUUUAAUAGUGCUGUAGGUUUACGUUAUGUGAACCUAGAGAGAUGUGUUGAACGACUUAACAUAACUGUUACUCAUGUUAUUAAAAGAGUAUAUUUUACCCACCGUAGUGUUGAUGUUGUAGUGACGGAGCUGAGUACAGUACGGUACUCUAGCACAAACUACUCUUAAGUACUCGUGUCCCUUAGCCCAUGUUGACCACGACUCUUGAUGAGGAGUAACAGCUUAGGAGUGAAGGUGAGGGUGUCAUGUUACUUCUCUGGUCAGGCGGUGGUCGUCACACCCACCACGACAGCCUAGGUUAAUAUUUCAAUCCUCAACUCAACAUUUAUCUCCUGACUAACACUUUAAAGUAAACUAUAUCUCGGGUCCCUAUACGUGAAAGGUUUCUCCAUUGUCCUGUUCUUGGGAGAAAGAGAGAGACACAAAACUGGAGAUUUCAGGGUAAUAUUUGGUGAAAGUUGAGAGGAUGUCUGUGCCAACGUGUUCAGUUUACAAAAGUGCCGCCGUCAGAGGUCAAGGCCAGGUCCAAAGUGCCAUUUCUUACUCGUUAUAUAACAAAAUUUGCCACAUCAGUCAAGGCUUUAAAGAUCCUCAGAGGCGUUAAAGAAUCCAGUUUCGGGGGGAUGUGAGGUCACGUGAAUGUAAUCAUGAUGGACAGGGUGAUGAAGGAGCGACGUGAUGGUGGUGGGUAAUGUUCAGGAUAGACAGACACGAGGAAGUAAGAAGAAUAGGGAGAAUGUGUACGGAAGGGGGUGGGGGGGACUGAGGUUCAUUAUAACGAAGGGUUCACUUGACGUGGGACUAAGAGGUCUCGGAGACAAUUACUGCUUAGAUUGAGAUAAAGUGACAAAUACUCGUACAGAGGAAGGUGUCCCAACACUGAGGGAUAGGGUGAGUGAGACACAGGCAGGUGAGGGGAUUCCUGAAGAACUUCGCGGGGCGUAUAGGACUAAACAGGGUGAGAGAGAAAAUAAAACACCAUAGAGGCUAUUAUAGAAUAUAAGGUCAAACACAAAAAGACACAGGGGGAAUGACUCGAGAAAUAUGUUCAUGUUAUAAUUGAGCGCCACUGCAGGCAGGAGGUGGGUAAGGAUUCGUCAGGCUUACUUUGCAUUGGCGCGUCAUGGAGAUGUACAGUAUAGAGAUGAACGUGCUGGUUCCGCUUCAGUAUCACGAGCCACAUGUGAGGAGGGAGUCACGGUGAGAGAGAGAAACGGGGAGGGGAGGGGGGGGUGAGAGAGUGAGUUAGGAAGGACACCUACCUCGGGGGUGAUCAGUAUUACAUAAGAUCAACACUGCCCUUUAUGCCAUUGUUUCUUUAUAAUCUUGCCUCUUGAGUUGGGUUCAAGAUUCAGAAAAUUUCAAACAUUAUUAUUAUAUUGUAACUUACCAGAAAAUAAAGUGCCGAGAUAAUGACGUAAUAACAAAGCUUUUAUCACACCUAGUGAGUAUUUGAUCAGUUUUAGGGUUUAUUAUAUUAUUCCGGUUGUUAAUAUUACCCAUAUGUUUUACCCAUAACGAUACUCUGAUGAAAUUCUUGUCAGUGUUUACAUUUUGAUGGUCUAAAACACUAUAUUUGAUCUAAUACUGAAUACCACAUGGAUUACUCUUCAUAUUAAUUUGAUAUUGAAAACGCAAGACUAACAUCUAAUUAUUUUUUUUGGAUAGUUUGUUAAAAAAUCGACUAGGUGAUAAUGAGCUUAUGUUUAAAAUAGGUGUUAGUAGGUAACCCACAAAUAUUAUUAUGUAAUACGUGUUUUGGUCUCGAUUAAAAUUGAAAUGUGUUUCUUUUUUUAUAA